AGCUUGGCGUUCGCGGGAAGAUUUGUAGCGAUAGACCGCCUAUGGCAUCGUCGCUAUAUUACCAUCGAGAUUCGUAAGCAAGAAAUUCUCGUUUAUCCCGAGCGGAUUAUUAGGUUCCGAUACUAUCGGAGCGAGCCAUCUAACGCAACUUGCGAAUACUACUCGCUACUUAAUUCGAUAGUGACGCCGUGAAAUAAGUUGAGACGUGACUUGAACUUUCAGGCGACGAACGAAAGACACCGUGGAGUGAAAUGUGUAAGAUUGCGAGCCACAUGACGAUCAUAGACUGGCAACAGACUGUGAAAGGGGUGCGACAACAGUUAAUCUGCAAGAAAAGUCAGUGAUAUUACGUUUGACAGAUUGAUGCAGUGUGAAUUAUUGCGAGGCUCGCCGGGACUGACCGUUAGUAUAUGAGUCUGGAAGGAACCAGAGGCUUGAAAGGGUCUGUGGUCUGCAGGCUACGAGCUGCUGACUGUAGGAAACAAGCACUGCUACGGAUCACCUAGUCCGCCAAACAAAACAUGGACGCCGUAGAGAUAAAUACGACUGAUUCAGCGCAAAAUGAGGAAGAUAGCAUUGUAUCCGCGGUGGAGAUAUGUCGCGUUUGUCUCCUUGGUAAUCUCGUGAUGCGAGAUUUGUUUCUAGAAAACGAGGUUUCUUCUCUGUCAACAAAAGCGAUGAGCUUUGCAAACGUUAAGGUGGAACAAGCCGAUACGGUUCUAAGGGAAAGAUUCGUUACCAUGAAUAUGAAAGAAGAAUUGUUCUUCAACGAGGUCGAAGUACAUCUAGAGGCGGGAGAUAGAAGCGAAGACAUAGAGCAGAUGCAUAUAGAAAAUCACUAUGAAAGUACCGUAGAAACAUUGGAUACGAUGUCCGGAGAAGAAAAGUCUUCCCUUUUGAAGGAUCAAUUGGCUUUGUUGCAAGUAGAAAAACUAGCAGAGCAGGAGCAGGCGAUAACCGAACAGCACGGUGGUUCGGUAACGGAUGAAGUAAUCGCGCCGGAUCAAAUGCUAGACGAAUGUUCGAACCGAGAGGAAGAUGGGGAGGAAGAGGAAGAGGGAGAAGAAGAAGAGGAAGAGGAGGAGGAAGAAGAGGAAGACGAAGAGGAAGACGAGGAGGAAGAAGAGGGAGAGGGCGAGGGAGAAGAAGAGGAAGACGAAGAAGACGAAGAGGGUGGCAAAGCCGUCAACGAUAUAGAUAACGAAAAGAUUUUGAAACACGAAACCCCCGAAAAUUGUAUCGAGAGUAUUUCGACGGUAGAGCACGACUAUAUUUUGCAACAAGAAUGUAUAUUGGCAAAUGACGGUCAACGAAAAGAAGAAGAACGCGAAGAACAGCAUCAGUUGAUGUCCGAAGAAUCGUUUUCGCGCGAAGAUUGUGUUCAAUAUGUAAAUUUGUUGGUGAAAGCGGCUGACGUGACCCAUCGAGGGAACGAAGAUGAAAGUGAAAUAGGGAAACGAGAGAGUCUGAAAGCGGAUAUCAAGGUAGAGGAAGAUUCCAAGUGUCAAAGCGACACGAGGAGAAGCAAACGCAAGCUGAUUCGACGGAAUACCGAUCCGAUACGAGAUUCCGACGAGGAGAAUUAUUUUGAAAAUCUCAAUUUGAGUUCGCGGCUCAAGAAAGCUGAAGACUCGGAUAAAACGGAAAAAAUCUUUUUCAUGUGCUACCUUUGCGACAAAGAAUUUCUCUCGAAGAACGUUUUACGGGAGCAUAUGCAUUCUCACGAGGAAGUGAGAAAAGCCUUGUCCUUGAAGAAAACUGUCGAGAAAUCCGAGAAAGAUACUUGCAGUCCCACAAAGUUGCCUCCAUCCGGUAAAAGAUCGAAUAAAUGUCCUUACUGCGGUAAACAAUACAUAUACAUCAUUUCGUUCAGUAAACACUUGAAGAAGCACGAGAAAGAAAAAGAAGAAGCCAAGGAGGAACCGAUGCCGUUGGAAAUUUCGUUUCACGAAGACGAGCAUAGUUUGGAUCUCGAGGAUUACGCGGACAAAGAUCAUUCGAAUGCCGAGUACCGAAAAAGAGUCAGAAGAAGAGAAGGCGCGGUUACGGCAAAAUCGGAGAAAGGGGAAGGAACGGGAGAAGAAAUGACAGACGGGGAGGCCGAACAGGAUGGAGAGGGGCUAGGGGGGAACAGGACAGGGGAAAGAGAGAAAGGAAAAGAGAAAGAAUCGAGCGGCGGCAGCGAUAAAGAACGAAAUGGAAAUAAUUUGAAUGAAACCGACGAACGAAUGAAACGCGAAGCGCGCACCGAAUCGUUCGCCUGCGACAAGUGUCUGGAAGAAUUCUCUACUAGACGCGGUUUACGAAAACACACGUUUUCCCACAGCACUCUCAGAUGUAGCGUAUGCGAAGAGGAGUUUGAUUCGUUGGAGAAGCUGAGAAACCAUCGGGCGAAACAUGUCGUCGAAGGUGUACUGUCCGAACAAGACUUGGAAACAGGCAGUGUGUUUUCAGUCGACAGAGACGUGGACGGUUACGAUGUCGAGGAUAAACACAGAGAGGCAGAAGGAAUCGGCGAUGCGGAAAGGCGCAAGGAGAAGGAGGAAGAACGAGGACAAAGGGAACGUCAGACACAAUUGUCAGUGGUAGAAAAUGGAUCGAAGAAGAUGAGAAACAUGGAGACGCAUUCGAUGGUUGAGAUCACUUGUAAGAUAUGUUAUCAGCGAUUCGCAAGAAUGGAUUUAUUGCAGAAGCAUAUGGAGCAGCACGAACGAAUUAAAAACUACAAGUGUACAGAGUGCAAUAAAACAUUCGGCAACGAACUCACUUUACGAAAUCAUCUCAUAGCUACGAAUCACAAGACGUUCAUUCACGGACAAGAGUACGACCCUAACAAACGGAUCAAACGAGUAGCCGCGAAGGCUGCGCAGAAAAUUAUCGAUAAGAUCAAGACGGAAGAUGGUUUGGAAGAUUACGAGGACGAGGAAGAACAGGACGAGAAAGUGAUCGAGCGGAAUCCCACGGAUGGAAGUUACGGGCGAAACAAGCGAGAUAUCUCUUCUCAGAAGAAACACAAUUGCAAGAAGGAGUUGGAAUGCGCGAGUUGCAAUAAAAAGUGCAGCUCGAAACAGUCAUUGACGAAACACAUGGAGCAGCACGUGAAAGACGAGAAAACAAGCAAGUCGGAGAAGCACAGGCAGCUCGGGGAGAAGAGGGAACGGCAGAGGAGUUGCGCGGCGAACGAAGGAAUCGAGUCGAGCGAAGGCAAUAAAGACGACGAUUACGAUUCCGAUUUUGAAAGCGGUCUGGAUUGGCCGAUGGACAAUCACGAGUGUGCAAAGUGCAAGAAACGGUAUAGCACGAAAAAGUCGCUGCUGCGGCAUCAGCUGUUGCACGAGGAACCGAAUUUCGAGUGCGACAUUUGCAACGUGAAAUUCUAUCGUAAGGACAAACUGAAAGCUCACUACGACAAAUGUUCUGAGAAGAAUCCUGACCAGGUGAGAAAGUGUAACAUCUGCGGGGACAGUUUCGAGAACAACGAAAUACUGCGGGAGCACAGGUCCAAACAUGUGACCGAAGGGAUUCUCACGGAAGAGGAUUUGAGGGACAUCGAACCGAGGCCGGAAGAGAAGAAGCCGGGAGAGAAAAUCGGCAGGAAGAGAAGGACCGAUAUAGUCGGCUUAGAGUGUACCGAGUGCAACAAACAGUACACUUCCAGGAAAGGACUGUUGCGUCACAUUCAGGUUCACGAGGGGAAGAAGUACCUUUGCGACAUAUGUCCGAAGAAAUUCUACAGAAGGGAACAUUUGAAGAUACACGUGGCUAAGCACAACAUGAUUAAGCCGUACAAGUGUACGCGCUGCACGAAACGUUUCAUCAAGGAAGAACAAUUGACCAAUCAUUUGUCGAAGCAUGACCGGACCUUUAAGAAGAACAAAGAAACCGACAGUUCCAAGAGAUUCCUCUGCGAGAUUUGCUCGAAAAGCUUCACUCAGUCGACUACGUUGAUUGCCCACCUUCGGGCUCACAACGGCAUUAAACCGUACGUGUGCGAGGUUUGCUCCCGACCCUUCACGACCAACGCUUACCUAAAAAUGCACAUGAGAACGCAUACCCAAGAGCGGCCGUACAUUUGUCAAUACUGUUCGCGUGCAUUCGCCAGAGCCGACACGCUUGCCAAUCACUUGACAUCGCACACCGGCGAGGCAAAGUAUCACUGCAAGUAUUGUCCGAAGAAUUUCCGUCGUUUGAAAUCCCUCAAGGAGCACGUGUUCAUUCACACCGGACAGAGACCGUACGCUUGCCCAACCUGUGAUCGCCGGUUCAAUAAUAAUGGAAGUCGAUAUGCCCAUAGCAAGAGGUGCAAACAAAAUUUUGUUCAGAAUCAAAACCGUGGCCAGACGUUGACGCAAGUUCAGUCCGCUCAGAAUCAGCAGAGGAUAUUGCAUCAGCAGACGGCUCUUGGACAGACUCAAUUAUUGAAAACGCAGAACAUUAAAACUAUUACAAUUACUAGACAACCGGAACCAGUUGCUGCUCAACAAGUCACGCAGCACCAAGAAAUAAUAAUGCCCCUAAUCUUCCCUCUAACCGUAACGGUAGCCGAUAUCAGCGAAGAAGUUAUAUUGCCGGAGGGAACCAAGUUGUUUACGACCACUUAAAUUGUAAACUUUAUUCAGUGCGUUUGCAAAUGACUCUCGUCCAUCUUUGUCCGGUCCAGCUAAAGCCUGGCGUGUCGGUCAACCGAUCGACUCUCUUCUCUCUCUCUCUCUCUCUCUCUCUCUCUCUCUCUCUCUCUCUCUUAUUUUCU